UUGUUUCCUAGUCGAACUUGUUACGGUUGAACCACCGUUAUAGCAACAUACCGCACAAGUUGUGCUUUUCGUCUCCUUCUGAUCUUACAGCGUCUCUCCGAGGGGAGUUUUUCUGAGAUUUUAAGGUAAUUCGCUGUCGAAUCCCAACGCUUCGUCACCCGUCGACUAAGCAGCAGUCUUUAGAUUUAUGCUAGGUGCUAACAGUUAGCCAAGUGCUAACAACUCUUUGACAGCAGCCCAUUCCGUUUACAUGUGUCGACCGACCGGGAUUCAGGAGUCGCUGAGAGUCAGUCAUCCGUAGCAGACAAUAUGGAGCUGCAGGCGGUGAUGAUGGCGGCCGGUGGGGGUUCGCGGAUGACCGACCUGACGUAUAACACCCCCAAAGCCAUGCUUCCGGUUGGCAACAGGCCCCUGAUAUGGUACCCUCUAAACCUGCUGGAGAGGGUCGGCUUUGACGAGGUGAUUGUCAUCACCACCAAGGAGGUCCAGAAGAUGAUGAGCACAGACCUUAAACUGAAGAUGGACGUGAAGUUGAAACUGGACUUUGUUUGCAUCCCGGAAGACGAAGACAUGGGCACGGCCGACGCUCUUCGACACAUCCAGCCCAAGAUCAAGACCGACAUCUUGGUGUUGAGUUGCGACGUGAUAACAGACGUGGCGCUUCACGAGGUGGUGGAUCUGUUCCGAGCCCACGAUGCAACUUUGGCUAUGCUGAUGAGCAAAGCCCAUGAAUUCACAGAGACCGUUCCAGGCCAAAAGGGAAAGAAGAAAGCAGCUGAGCAGCGAGAUUUUGUAGGCGUGGACCAAUCAGGCAAGAGGGUCUUGUUCAUGGCCAACGAGGUGGAUUUGGAGGACGGGCUAUCCAUUAGGAAGUCCAUUUUGAACAAACAUCCGAGGAUGCUCAUCAAAACCGGCCUUCUCGACGCUCACCUUUACUGCAUGAAAAAAGCGGUGGUGGACUUUCUGAACGACAGCAAAUCCAUUUCAUCCAUCCGUGGCGAGCUCGUGCCAUAUUUGGUGCGCAAGCAGUUUUCCAAAGCGAGGAGCAGUCCAAAACGUCAAGAUGACAGUGAUGAGCAGAGCCAGACGAAGAGUGACAACUCGACAAACAAUGAGCUCCUGAUCUCAUCACGCGACGAUGGCCUCCUCCAGCUGGCCCAGGAGCGCUCCUGCUGGAACGACCAUCACGGGGACAUGAGCGAGGCGUACCACGGCGGCAAGCUCCGUUGCUACGUGCACAUCAUGGAGCAGGGCCUCUGCUACCGCGUCAACACGCUCGCCGCCUACAUCGAGGCCAACCGCCUGGUUCCCAAGCUUUUGUUGGAAGAACCAGCAGUCCACCCUUCUGCCGUCAUUUCGGAGCGAUGUCAGAUGGGAUCCGACAGCAUGAUUGGGGCUCUGUGUCAGAUCGCAGAUAAGACCUCCAUAAAGAGGUCCACCAUCGGAAGCUCCACCGCAAUUAAGGAGAAAGUCCGAGUGACCAACUCUAUCAUCAUGCACGGGGUUACCGUAGAAGAAGAGUGCAACAUCCAGGGGAGCGUGAUCUGCAACAAUGCCGUCAUUGGCCGAGGCUCGGACCUCAAAUACUGCCUGGUGGGAAGUGGACAACGGAUCGAAUCCGCAGCUGAGCGGACCAAUGAGGUCAUUGUUGGCACAGACCAGCUGAUGGAGAUCUAA